AAGAUAGUGGACGGGAGAAAAAGACCACUCAAUUUCCCAAAAUAGGAAGAGACACAAUAAGCAGAUAAGAGCUGGAGCACAAAGUGGGAGGGAGGGAGAAUAUUGUGCGAUUUCCAGUGCACGGUAGAAAGAGAGUGAAGACUUGUAGCAGAAGAAUCAGACGCAAGUUACAAAAGAUUUGUAGCAGUAACAUAUAACACUGCAAUGUUACAAGAAAGCUUUGGAAACUGAGCCCAAAACAGGUAUAGACACACAGAGGUAAACAUGGACGAGCAGAAACUAUAAGGGCCAAAAGGUAAUUAGCAGUCUAUAAAAGAGAACAAGAAGAGCAGUGAACAAAAUGCCACAUUUCACUGUGACAAAAGUGCCUGAUCCAGAGGAUGAAACCGAAGAAACAAGCUCAGCGUCCCUUAGAGAGGCUGAGAAUGAUGACCCCUGGGGGGCUGAUCGAAGUCAGACAUCGGUAACAGAGGAGAAUAGCAAGUUACUAGAGAUUGAUCGGAGGAAAAACUCCACUCUUUAUCAGAACCAUAGUGAGGAGGGGGAAGAUUCAUAUGACAGAAAUCUGGCAUUGUUUGAGGAGGAAAUGGACACACGGCCCAAGGUCUCCUCUCUUAUUAAUCGCUUAGCCAACUAUACCAACCUCCCCCAGGGCGCUAAAGAACAUGAAGAAGAGGGAGAGGGCAAAAAGAAGCAAGCAAAGGCCCCUCGAAUGGGAACAGUAAUGGGAGUUUACCUGCCUUGUCUGCAAAAUAUAUUUGGAGUCAUCCUAUUUCUCCGUCUGCCAUGGGUGGUGGGGACGGCCGGCAUCCUACAUGCCUUUUGCAUUGUGUUUGCCUGCUGCUGCUGUACAAUGCUUACCGCUAUCUCUAUGAGUGCAAUUGCAACAAAUGGGGUAGUACCAGCGGGAGGUUCAUACUUUAUGAUUUCCCGGGCUCUUGGUCCUGAGUUUGGGGGAGCUGUUGGUCUCUGCUUCUAUCUAGGUACAACUUUUGCUACAGCCAUGUAUAUACUUGGAGCCAUAGAGAUAUUCCUGGUGUACAUUGCUCCUGAUGCAGUCAUUUUCAAAGCUGAAGGAGUUGUAGAGUCCUCGGCUGCCAUGUUGAAUAACAUGCGGGUUUACGGCACUGGAUUUCUCCUUCUCAUGUCUGUCAUUGUGUUUGUGGGUGUACGCUAUGUAAACAAGCUGGCAUCACUGUUUCUGGCCUGCGUCAUACUGUCUAUCCUGGCUAUCUAUGCAGGGGCACUGAAAUCUGCCUUUGCACCUCCCGAUUUCCCCGUUUGCUUGCUUGGGAACCGAACACUGUCCAGACUAGAGUUUAGCACUUGUGCCAAGAUAGUAGAGACAGAAAACACAACAUCACCAUCUGACCUGUGGGACCGUUUCUGUCACCCAGCUGGGUUGUUGAAUGCGACGUGUGAUGAAUAUUUUUACCACAAUAAUGUCACAGAAAUACAAGGAAUUCCAGGCUUGAGUAGUGGCAUCAUUGCUGAAAACAUUUGGAGCAAUUAUCUGCAGAAGGGGGAGAUUAUAGAAAAGGCAUCUUUACCCUCCUCAGAUACAGUGGGCUCUCCCUCCAGCAGUUAUAUUAUUGCUGACAUUACAACAUCUUUCACCCUACUUGUUGGCAUCUUUUUCCCAUCCGUUACAGGAAUUAUGGCAGGCUCUAAUCGUUCUGGUGACCUCAAGGAUGCUCAAAAAUCCAUCCCAAUUGGCACAAUUUUGGCAAUACUUACAACUUCUUUAGUCUAUUUGAGCAAUGUCCUUCUGUUUGGAGCCUGCAUUGAUGGAGUGGUUCUCAGAGAUAAGUUUGGAGAUGCAGUGAAAGGAACCCUUGUGGUAGGUGCGCUCUCUUGGCCAUCACCUUGGGUCAUUGUGAUUGGAUCUUUUUUCUCCACUUGUGGAGCUGGAUUGCAGAGUUUGACUGGUGCCCCUAGAUUGUUACAGGCUAUUGCUAAGGACGGAAUUAUACCCUUUCUACGGGUGUUUGGACAUGGAAAAAGUAAUGGAGAGCCUACGUGGGCAUUGCUUCUCACUGCUGUGAUUGCUGAGUUGGGAAUUCUCAUUGCUUCUUUGGAUCUGGUAGCACCAAUCUUAUCAAUGUUUUUCCUCAUGUGUUAUCUUUUUGUAAACUUGGCUUGUGGGUUGCAGACCCUACUUCGAUCUCCAAACUGGCGCCCCCGCUUUCAGUAUUAUCAUUGGACCUUAUCUUUCCUUGGUAUGGCGCUUUGUCUGGCUCUGAUGUUCAUCUCCUCCUGGUAUUAUGCGAUCAUCUCUAUGGUGAUUGCAGGAAUGAUCUAUAAGUACAUAGAAUAUCAUGGAGCAGAGAAAGAAUGGGGAGAUGGGAUACGAGGUCUUUCUCUCAGUGCAGCACGUUUUGCUUUACUGCGACUGGAGGAAGGACCACCACACACUAAAAACUGGAGACCCCAGCUUCUUGUUUUGGUUAAGCUAGACUCCGAUCUACAUGUGUCACAGCCACGUCUGCUCUCUUUCGCCUCUCAGCUGAAGGCCGGGAAAGGUUUAACAAUUGUGGGAUCAGUUUUGCUUGGUGAUUACUUAGAGAGCUAUGCUGAAGCCCUGGCAGCAGAGCAGGCGCUGAAGCAGCUGAUGGAGCAAGAAAGAGUGAAAGGCUUCUGCCAGUUGGUGGUGGCACAGAAGAAAAAAGAAGGCUUAUCCCACCUCAUCCAGUCUUGUGGUCUUGGCGGAAUGAGACACAACACAGUAAUCAUGGGCUGGCCAAGUGGCUGGAGACAGAGCGAUGACUCUCGGGCCUGGAAAACAUUCAUCGCCACUGUGCGUAUCUGUACAGCUGCUCGCCAAGCGCUUCUUGUGGCUAAGAACAUAUCUUUAUUCCCUGCAUCUCGGGAAACACUAGCAGAGGGUCACAUAGAUGUGUGGUGGGUUGUACACGACGGAGGUAUGCUAAUGCUGCUACCUUUUCUCUUGAAACAACACAAGGUGUGGCGCAAAUGCAAGAUGCGUAUUUUCACUGUAGCCCAAAUGGAAGAUAACAGCAUUCAGAUGAAGAAGGAUUUGGCCACCUUUCUCUACCACCUACGUAUACAGGCUGACGUAGAGGUAGUGGAGAUGCAUGACAGUGACAUUUCAGCCUAUACAUAUGAGCGGACACUUAUGAUGGAACAAAGAUCACAGAUGUUACGACAAAUGCGACUAUCAAAAACGGAUAGAGAGCGAGAGGCCCAGUUAGUAAAGGACCGGAAUUCCAUACUACGUCUGACUAGUGUGGGCUCCGACGAUGAUGAUGAAACAGAUGCUGCCCCAGAAAGAGUACAUAUGACAUGGACCAAGGACAAACACCUAUCUGUGCGUGGAGCCCAAAGCAAGCAUAUGCCCAGUUUCCAAGAAUUGCUCAGCAUGCGUCCGGAUCAGUCGAAUGUCCGGCGCAUGCACACAGCUGUGAAACUAAAUGAGGUCAUCGUCAAUAAAUCUCAUGAUGCUAAACUGGUGCUGCUGAAUAUGCCGGGACCCCCACGCAACCCUCAGGGUGAUGAAAACUAUAUGGAGUUCCUAGAAGUCCUGACUGAAGGCCUAGAGCGUGUGUUGCUAGUGAGAGGUGGUGGAACAGAGGUCAUCACCAUUUACUCCUAAUACCCAUUAUGCACAGGGUCCAAGAUGCAUUACUCCAGCUGUAACAGAAGACAACAGUUUGUAUGUGGAGAUAUUGUGUUACUGAACAUACAAACCAUUCAUAUCAGCAUUUCUGCGAGGCCAACAGGAAAUUAGCAAACUACUAAUAUGAAGAAACCCUCAACCAUUUAUAAGCCAAAAAAUGAUGUUAUUCAUUAGGAUGUGAAAGUCCAUGGAAGGUAAUAAAAGGGAUGACUGGAAUUGUCUUGUCCAGGGAUCCCCCAUGGAACUCUAUGCAGCAGCGAGCAUGAAAUGCUUGUUAAAUAUGUCAGAGGAAAAUAAAUGCACUCAUUCAGAACUGUUUUUGUAGUGUUAGGAAAAAACCAGGGGUCCAUUCACAUUAGGGUACAAUGAGUUGGCUCGCCUUAAUUCCUAACAUGGCUGGGAACCUGGCAAUUCAUAUUACCCUAUUUAAGAUGCGGUUUUUUUUCUCAUUUCCAAAUUGUCCAAAACUCUUCUGUUCUCAUACUGUGGGAAUUCUAAAAAGCAUUUCCGAGGUUUUGGGACGUUACAAACCAUUAUCUUUUAAAAUUAGAAGUUUUUCUGACCUUAAAGGAAUCCUUCACCAAGAAGAUGAGCAGAAGGAACAAAGAAAAUGUUUUCUGUUUUUAUUUGUAUUGCACCUUUUCUAAGUCUAGUGGGAUAGAACAAUUCAUCCAGAUGUAAUUUAUUGGUAGAUGCGUCAUUCCAUUUGUUCCAUGUUUCUGGAAUAAUUGUGGGAAGAAGCUGCGUGAAUGGGAUUAGGUUAGGACUGAAUGACUUUCCCUCUACAACAGUUAUUGUUUGCG